UCUCUCUCUAUGUCUAGGGUCUCUAUUUUUCUCGAAAAGCAAUCAUCGCGGCGACUAUGGGGUCGGCCGGCCGAUGAGCGACGCAAUCGACACAGCAUCCUUCGCCUUCUGGGCUGCCAGGUCCUGGCGGUGGGCCAGCACCAGGGGCGACUCGUGGGGGAGGAAAUGCGCGAAGUACCCCGAUAGGGACAGGGGCGACGCCGGAGGGGCAUCCUUGCCAUGGCCCGACGCCAUUUCCCGGGACAAGGAGACAGACGAGGCAAAGGCCGGGUCCAGAUGCAAGGCAUCAGUCGCCAAGAGCGCGGUCACAAUCUCCUCAUCGACCGACAGAAGAAGGCCCAUGUCCUGGUGCGUCAGCUUCGGCACCACCCUGCACAAAGCCGCCAAACGCUCCACGCAGGGCCACUCCUGGCGCUGCAUCAGGCGAUCGGCCACACCUGCCUGGUAGACCAGCGCGUGAACCUGCUCCGUCGAGAGGCCCAGCAGCCGGGCCAACAGGGCCUCCGGCACCGGCGGGUCCCGGGCCACCAGUCCGCUGAGAUCGCGCAAAAGAUCGGCCACUUCCUGAUCCGCCAAGAUCCCAUGCCGCUGCCGGGGUGGCGGUAUCCCGAACUUCACCGGCGGAAAGGCCUCCACCAAGGUCUGCAGCGAUACCACAUCCAUCCCCAGCAGCCGGGCCACGUCCUCCUCCAAGGGCUGCGGCUGGGGCAGGCCCUGAAGGCGCAGGAAGAGACGCAGGCAGCUGGGGGUCUGGAAACCACUGGCCAGCGCCACACGUCCAGCCUCCACAUCCAGGCAGAGGGCCUCCCCGGGGUUGAUGCGCACGCGCGGAAGAGCAGCACCGGCCCCCGGGAUCUUGGGGUCGGCAGCCGGGGCCUGGAAGAAGGAUGGCAACGGAAGGGGAGGGCUUGGAGAGUCGGGCCGCUUGGUGGGGAUGUUCAGGGCUUCCAGUCGGGUCGCGAGCGAGGGGUCGAACUCCGGGAUGGAAGGCAAGAAGGGAAGAGACCCGCUGGAAAAGGACCGGCCGAGGAGGGGCCGGACGACCAGGUUUAGCAGAGGACGCCGCCCGGUGCGCAAUGUGGCAAUCCCCAGCAUGCUUUUGGUGGGCGACUCGGGCGGGAGUCCAGAGCGAGAAGGAGAGACAGAGGGGGGGGGGAGGGG